AUGGAACGUGAGCUACGCCUGAAGGCGUUCAUGGAGGAGUAUGCAAGGAUUGUACAGUUAUUCGAUGAUAUCGUAUCUAUGAAGGAAUCAAUGGGACGUCUUGAGAAGUAUAUGAUCAUCAUGGUGUGUCAAGUUCUCGUUGCUCUUAUGGGUGGAGCCUUCUUCAUGUGUUUUCGGUUUUUUCAAAACCAACGACAACGAGGAGAAUACGAAUUGGAGCACCGAUUCGAGCGAGGUCCGUCUGGUCGGGUGCCGGUCGCUCAGGCCGCCCAUCAGAAGCUCAACAAGAAUCCAAUCACAUAG